ACUUGUACUAGAAUGGUCCAUUAGUAAUGAGCUCCACUAGCGCAUUUUAAGGUUAUUUUCCCAUGACAUUUCUGGCCGCCUCCCCAUCACCAAACCUCAGAAAAGUUCGUCGCGCAAAUCUACCAAGAAACUAGAACCACAAUUUUCCAGCACACCAACCAUCAAGAUGCCUUCCGACGACCUCACAAAAUGGAUAACCUCAGAAAUCGACUUCUAUGCCCUUCUGGGCCUCACGCCCGAAUCCUUCACAGCGGACGAAUUGCGACGGGCCUACCGUAAAACAGCCCUCCAAUACCAUCCGGACAAACUAGGCGCAGCUUUCGACGCCGACAAAUACGAGCAAUUCCAAGCCGCAAAUGACGUACUCGCAGACCCCGAAUCCAAGCAAAAGUAUGAUAAUUUUCGCAAUGGACGGAUGCAAAGGCAAAGGGCCGCGGCACUAUUUGAAGGGAAGAGAAGAGCUAUGAAAGAGGAUUUAGAGGCGAGAGAACGCGGAGGAAGUUUAGGAAAGAGGAGUAGAGAGGAUGAGGAGAUGGAUGAAAAUAUUAAAAAGCUGGCGGAGGAGGGAAGGAAAAGGAGAGUCAAGAGGGAGAGUAUGAUGUCGGAGAAUGUUAGCUCACCUAGCUCACCUAUGUCAGCGCCGCGGCCGCCACCUCAAGCGCAAUCGCAAUCGCAACCUCGCCCACAACCUUCAACGUCUGCCACAUCAAAUUCAGAAGACGAAAAGGUAGCGCGUCUUGAACGUCUAAUUGCUGAAGCUACAGCGGCAAAAGCAAAACGAAAAGCGGAUAAAAAAGCUAGGAAAGCAGGCAAAUCGUCCGAAUCUUCUACACCAGAUACUAGUUUUAAAGCAGACUCAAACGCAGCAUUUAACGGGGUGCAUGCUGUACCUUGUGCUACGCCCUAACAUUAUCCAAUCUAGUCCAGAGACUUUAUUUAGUUCAGACAUCCAACGGCGUUCAGACACAAGGGCAAGAGUUAUGGUUGGCUUUUCUUUACCAUUUUGAAUUUAGCAUGGCGCUGGUUGCUUGGGGAAAUGCUUCACAUACAUGUGGAGAUAAUUAGAUAUUCAAACUAUAAGCUAUAAGUAAUA